AUGAACAGUCCUCGUCUGUGUGGAGGAAGCCCUGGCGGCAGUAGCGCACUCUCAGAGUCUGUGGAUGUCUUUCACGAGCUGUGGAUUCGUCUUAAAGAGUGUCAUGAGAACGCACUGCAAGAGUUGCAGCUGAAGGUGAAGAAGCUGAAGAAAGAACGUUGUUUAGAUGCACAGAGACUGGAGGAGUUCUAUAACAGAAACCAGCAGCUCCGCGAGCAGCAGAGAGCUCUGCAGGACACCAUCAAGGUUUUAGAGGACAGAUUGCGGGCUGGACUGUGUGAUCGCUGUGCGGUGACAGAAGGCUUAAUGAAGAAGACACAGAUGGAGUUUGAAAAUAUACAUCAGGAGAAUUUGACUCUCAUCGCUCAGCUCAAAGCUGAGAGAAACACACUACAGGGGGAGAAUAAGAGACUUAGCCUUGAGCUGGAGCAUCUGCAAGGAUGUGGGUUAAUUUCCCCACCCCCCAUUAGUGUGCACAGGGCCAAACCGUUGUUCUCUUCCACCCAGUGGGCUGCAGCCCCCUGCCCUAAUGCUGAGGUAAUAAAGAACGGGUCACCUUCUCUCCUGUGUGGAGUUCCCUCCUCCUCAGCCCUGUGCCACAGACAGCGUCUCUCCCACACAGAGGGAGUCAAGAGGAAAAGCCUGAACAGCAGCAAGGAGGAGGAGCAGGAGAGUAUAGAGGAGCCUCUUGAUCUAUCUGAGGAAAAGGUCAUGAGGAGGACGACGCCUGAUCCCAGCCCCGGGAGCAGCUGUCCAAACGACCCUCCUGCCGCUCAGAAAGUGCCCAGUAAACUAGACCAUGUGAUCUCCCAGGAACCAAAGAAAAAGAAGAUUUGGGAGGCUGGUCAAGACUACCAGCAAACCUCUGUAGUCCAGCCCAAUCCUUGUUCUCCUCUCCACCACGCUGGCAUGGAGCCAGGGAGGAGGAGGAGCCCCUACGGUUUAAACUCUGUUCCACCAGACCAGGGCUGGAGUGUUGACCCAGGAGCUGAAUUAGCUCAGUAUGACACAGACAGUCCUCCACAGCCUCCACACCAGGCCAAAGGGGCGGGGGAGACUGUAGACAUGGACUUUACGUUUGUGAGUCACAGCAUGCUACAGGGUCGCCAGGACAGCAGCCAAGACAGUGUCAGUGACGAGACAGGAACCGAGCAGCGGGCAAACGACAGCCUGGCCGAUAUAUUUGACAAGACUGCCUAUGGGGAGUAUGAGUCAUGCCCUCCAGACGACAGCUGUGACCUGAAGGAAGCAGACGGCUCCCAUGACAAUGAUGAGGAGGAGGAGGAAGAACAUGUGGAGGGUAACUGUUUUAUGGCAUCCAAAAACUUAAAGUCAGCCACAGUGUCAAUCAGCAGGAAUAAACUGCCCUUCGCUCAUGUGGAAGUCGUGCGGAAGAGAGAUGAAAGGAGGAAACUGAAAGGACACACGUGUAAAGAGUGUGAAAUAUACUAUGCAGACCUUCCGGAAGCAGAGCGGCAAAAGAAGCUCUCGGCCUGUUCCCGGCACCGGUUCCACUACAUUCCCCCCUCUACUCCCGAGAAUUUCUGGGAGGUUGGCUUCCCGUCCACACAGACGUGUGUGGAGAGAGGAUACAUUAAAGAGGAUGACCAAACAGAUGUGCGUUUGAGGAGAAGACGACCAUACAUUGCCAAGUUUUCUCCUAAAGCCAAAGAACCAAAGACAUAG